UGAGAAUGACAUUUUAUUGUUGGUGUACUGUUAUAACAAUGACAUUUUACGCUGUGCUUUCCGUGAUUUUGGAGGACUGUAGCCUCAGCGACCGUGCGCAAUGAGACAAUGAAUGAAAGCACUAACUAAAGAUCUCAAAGUCCAUCCAAGACACUCCGCCCACGAUGGUGAGUAGGGUAGUCUGAUGCAGUCGCUCAAUCGUGUCCGUGAAUUUGCCUUUCGGACUCUGAAGAACUCUCAAGCUCUUCCUAGAGAACAUCCACCAUGGUCAAGCGUGUAGCUGUGAUUGGAGCUGGAGCCUCUGGCCUGGUCUGCAUUAAGUCCUGCCUGGAUGAGGGGCUGGAGCCUGUCUGCUUUGAAAGCAGUGAUGACAUUGGCGGACUGUGGAGAUUUAAGGAGAACCCAGAGCCAGACAGAGCCAGCAUCUAUAGCUCUGUCAUCAUCAACACCUCCAAGGAGAUGAUGUGCUUCAGCGACUUCCCCAUUCCAGCUCACUUCCCAAACUACAUGCACAACUCUUUCAUCAUGGACUACUUCAACAUGUACGCAGACCACUUCCAGCUCCGGCAAUACAUCCAUUUCCAGACAAGGGUGCUGCAUGUAAAGCAGAGGCCUGAUUUCUCCCACUCCGGCCAGUGGGAAGUAGAGACAGAAACCAGGGAUGGGAAGAAAGAAAGCAACGUUUUUGAUGCAAUUAUGGUUUGCACUGGACAUCACUGUCACCCGCGCCUGCCCCUGUCUGAUUUCCCGGGCAUUGACACAUUUAAGGGGAAGUACUUCCACAGCCGAGACUACAAGACGCCAGAGGAGUGGCGUGGGAAGAGGGCGGUGGUGAUUGGCAUUGGGAAUUCUGGAGGUGACAUCGCUGUGGAGCUCAGCAGAAUGGCCAAGCAGUUGUUCCUAAGUACCCGCCGUGGUGCUUGGGUCUUGAAUCGAGUGGGUGAUAAUGGCAUGCCCUUGGACAUGAUCUUCACCAGAAUGACACGGACAGUCCAGAGGAUACUACCUUUUGACUUCUUUUGUGGCAUUGUCGAGAAUCAGCUCAACCGCCGGUUUAACCAUGCUAUGUACGGGCUGCAGCCCAAGCACAGGUUCUACAGUCAGCACCCCACUCUGAACGACGAGCUGCCCAACCGUAUCCUCUCUGGCACGGUGCAGGUGAAGCCCAACAUCAAAGAGUUCCAAGGUUCCAGCGUGGUGUUUGACGACGGCUCCGUGGAGCACGACAUUGAUCUGGUGGUGUUUGCCACCGGCUACAGCUUCUCCUUCCCAUUCCUUCCCCCUCACGUGCUUUCGGUCUCUGAGAACAAGACCCCUCUGUAUAAGUACAUCUACCCACCGGGGUUAGAGCACCCCACUCUGGCUGUAAUUGGAUUGAUUCAGCCUCUUGGUGCCAUCAUGCCCAUUUCAGAGAUGCAGGCUCGCUGGGCCACACGGGUCUUUAAAGGGUUGAAUAAGCUUCCCUCGAUGAGUGCCAUGAUGAAGGACAUCAAGUGCAAAGAAGAUUCAAUGAACAAGAGGUACGUGACUUCCAAUAGGCACACCAUCCAAGUGGACUACAUUCCCUACAUGGAUGAGUUGGCUGAUCAGGUGGGAGUGCAGCCCAGGUUCCUGUCUGUGCUCCUACGGGACCCUGGCUUGUGGCUUAGAAUUGUGUUUGGCCCCUGCACACCUUAUCAGUACCGCCUGUGUGGACCGGGCCAUUGGGAGGGGGCCCGCCAGGCAAUCUACACUCAGUUGGAACGGGUGGUAGCGCCCCUCAAGACACGACCCAUUCCUGCUAAGGAAACCAGGCGUACCUUUAGUGCUCACCUGCUCUCUCUGUCAACCGUCGCUGCAUUGGUGGUGGCUGUGAUCUAUAAGAAAGACAACUUCCAGGAGUAUCUCCAGUAUCCCAUAAUGCUACUGGACAGGCUGAAGACACACCUGCCUGCUUAGACAUCAGUGUUGUGUCAAGUGUCGUAUAUCAUGCAAUAUGAGGGAUUGAUUUAUCUGUCAUGUCAUGUUUUUCAUGCAUUUCAUAUAUAAAAUGCUUAUGGUAAGUGUAAGUGUACUAAGUCUUUUAUACCUGGAUUAAACUGAUGAAAUGCAUAUGGUUUAUAAAAGGGGAUGCAAAUGAGAUUUCACAAUAUCCUGGACAGUUUUGCAUUGUGGUAAAUAAUAAUUUGAUUGGUUGUUUACCACAGUAUUGUUAUUUUUUAUUAGCCUAUGAGUCAGUAAUUGAAUAAAAAGUGUUUGUUUUAUUUUCACUACACUACCUAUGUUCCACUUGAUGCACUAUCUUGUAAUGUUGUCUUAAUUUACUGCAGUGUAAAUUGUCAAUUUACUUCUUUCUUGAUAUUAUUGUUCCUGAUAUAUCAAGAGCAUACAACUUAAAUAAUGUGCAAUUAACAAUAAAGUACCACAGAAUUCAUGUAUUA